UCCGCCCCCCACCACGCUGUGCCCCCCUCGUAACCGAGAUCGUCGCCAUAAAGAUGUAAGCUCGUCUUGUCUAUGCUUAUCUUUUCUCCCCACCUGGAGAUCUCAACGUCGUCGUCGUUGUUACUCUCCACAAGCAAAGAAAAGGGAAUUAAACAAUCAACAUUCGCCCGCCAUGAACGCAAUGUUCCAACGGCUCGUGGGCCGCUUCGUCCCAGCCUCCCUCCCCCCAUCCGGCACGUUCGACGGUCAGACCGUCCUCAUCGCCGGUGCCUCCUCUGGCAUUGGUCUCGCUGCUGCCGUGCACUUUGCGACCCUCGGCGCCAGCGUCAUCAUCACCUCGCGCGUGGCCUCUCGCGGCGAUGCUGCGAAGCGCCACAUCGAGCAAGCUGCCGGCUCCUCCUACAAAGGCCAAGUUACGUGUCUGGAGCUCGAUUUGGAAAGUUAUGCCUCGUGCACCAGUUUUAUGGGGAAGCUCAAGACCUUGAUGCCGGAUCCCGCGAAGCUGGACGUCGCCAUUUUGAACGGAGGCAUGGUGAAUUCGCACUGGGAGCAGAGUGAAGCUGGAUGGGAAAGAACAAUCCAAAUCAAUACCAUCGGCACCACUCUCCUCAGUCUCUUGCUCCUGGCCUGGAUGCGCGAAGCCGCCAGUCUGCGCAAAUCCCCCGCGCACAUGGUCUUUGUUUCCUCGCGCGACCAUCUCUACAACGACAUUUCCCCGCUCUGCAGCUGCCAGGAGAAAAAGGACCAUAUCCUGCGACAGCUGUCGAGCAAGGACAACUGGGACGGGGCCUUCUUCGAGACGCAGCCCAAUUACAAUGUCAGCAAGUUGCUGCUCAUGUACACGAUUGAGGGCAUCAGCGAUUUGGCGAGAGCGCCGGACGGAGAACCUCUGGUCAUCGUGAACAGCGUCUGCCCCGGUAUGGUCAAGACCGACAUUGGCGGCCGCAUCGCGACACGGUCCAUGAUCCACGCCAUCGGCGUCUGGCUCACUCUCUUCGUCACCGCCAAAACCGCAGACUCGGGCUCGAGAAUCUGCAUCCAGGCCGCGCUGAAACCAAAAGAAACACACGGCGAGUUCUUCAACUACUGGAUGACGCCAGAGAUGUACCGCAGCGAAGCCGAGCCCGUCAUUGGCUGCGAAAAAGCCCGCAGCCUCCAGAAACAGGUCUGGCAGGAGGUCAUUGAUGAGCUGCAGACCAACGUCCCCGGGCUGCAGGCGACCUUGGAAUCCAUGAAGCAAAACUCGACAUAGAAA